AUGCCGCUGUUGUUCUUUGCGGUGGCAUCCACCUCUACGAAGCAUCCAUCCCAGGACCCUUGUUCUAGUCUGGCACUCCACCCUGGAUCUGGCGGUUGGACGUCCGCACGCGCCUGCUCCUACCCACAGGAGAUCUUGCUGCAGCUGCCGCGAGGUGCCGAAAUUCACGAAGUUGAGGUCGCAGCCCCCUUUUCUCUGGCUCCACGCGCCGUGGACGUUUUCCUGAGUGCCGGAAGUCGCGAGGAUCGGUUGGCCGGCAAUCCAAACUUUCAGCACGUUUGCUGCUUGGAGCUCCGAGGGGUUGGGAGCAAGCCCUCUCGAUUGCUAAAGGCCAAGCACAAGUUCUUUGGCCUUUGCACCGGCCAGGUCAGGUUGCUGAUCCACGAGCCUGUUGCAUCCGGCUCCGAGAACCCUUACAAGCAGGUCUCUCUUGCAACUGUAGACCUAUGGGGCUACGAGGAUGUCCUUCCGGAGACCUCCGGGCCACUGCCGCUAGAUCUGGGGGAGCAUCACGAGGACAUUGCUUCCGUGCUCAUGGAGUUGGGUGUUCCCCUGAACCUGGUCCCAGUCUCGGACGGCUUCCAGCCUGCCGUCGCCGAUGCAGCGACGUGUUCUCUCAUCCGUGAGCUUCGGGAUAAAGAAGACCAGCUCAUUCGAGAGAGCAAGUUCGGGGAGGCUCAGAAAGUCGCCCAGCACGUGCAGCAGCUUGACGCGCUUGGGCAAGAGCUGCAAAGUUUGCUGGAGAAGCGGGAGAUGCUUUCCGCCACUCGAGAUCUGAGAGGUCUGGAGCAAUUGGCACCAGAAAUCGCUACUCUGGAGACAAGGCGACUGCACAUGGCAGCACUCUACGAGACCGAUUGGUGGAUUUCUGCCAUGUCGGCAGGUUUCGGGCAGGCGAAAGACAGUCUGGCCAUACCCACGCACAGUGCCUUGACGCCAUCUGCAUCAGCCACCUCCACCCAGCUGGUAGCAGGCAGUGCCGACCGCGGUAAUGAGAGUCCCAUCGAACACCCGCAGAGCGAAGCUUCGCAGGUUGUCGCGGAUCUGGCUCCAAGUGAGGAGCCUCCAACGACGGACGGCUGA